AGAGAGAGAGAGAGACUGAACUCAGAGCAGAACCAGAGCCCGUUCAGAGGAGCAUCUUCACACCUACAGCGAUGAGGGAGAUCGUCCACAUUCAAGCCGGACAAUGCGGCAAUCAGAUCGGAACAAAGUUCUGGGAAGUGAUCAGCGACGAGCACGGCAUCGAUCCGGCCGGCAUCUACGUGGGUGACUCGGCCCUGCAGCUCGACAGAAUCAACGUGUACUACAACGAGGCGUCCUCUCACAAGUAUGUCCCCAGAGCGGUGCUGGUGGACCUGGAGCCCGGAACGAUGGACAGCGUUCGCUCUGGGGCGUUCGGACAGCUCUUUCGACCGGACAACUUCAUCUUUGGACAGACAGGUGCGGGAAACAACUGGGCCAAGGGCCACUACACGGAGGGCGCCGAGCUGGUGGACUCCGUCCUGGACGUGGUCAGGAAGGAGUGUGAGCACUGCGACUGCCUGCAGGGCUUCCAGCUCACGCACUCCCUCGGCGGAGGAACCGGUUCGGGAAUGGGAACCCUUCUGAUCAGCAAGAUCCGAGAGGAGUACCCCGACCGCAUCAUGAACACCUUCAGCGUCAUGCCUUCGCCCAAAGUGUCCGACACGGUGGUGGAGCCCUACAACGCCACGCUCUCCGUGCACCAGCUGGUGGAAAACACUGACGAGACCUACUGCAUCGAUAACGAGGCGCUGUACGACAUCUGCUUCCGCACGCUCAAGCUCACCACGCCGACGUACGGCGAUCUCAAUCACUUGGUGUCCGCGACGAUGAGCGGCGUCACCACUUCGCUGCGGUUCCCCGGGCAGCUGAACGCAGACCUGCGCAAGCUAGCGGUCAACAUGGUGCCUUUCCCCCGCCUUCACUUCUUCAUGCCCGGCUUCGCUCCGUUGACCGCGAGAGGGAGCCAGCAGUAUCGCGCGCUCACCGUGCCCGAGCUCACCCAGCAGAUGUUCGACGCCAAGAACAUGAUGGCCGCUUGCGAUCCGAGGCACGGCCGAUACCUCACGGUGGCUACCGUUUUCCGCGGGCCCAUGUCUAUGAAGGAAGUGGACGAGCAGAUGUUGGCCAUCCAGAACAAGAACAGCAGCUAUUUCGUCGAGUGGAUCCCCAACAACGUUAAAGUGGCGGUGUGCGACAUCCCGCCCAGGGGGCUGAAGAUGGCCUCCACUUUUAUCGGGAACAGCACCGCCAUCCAGGAGCUCUUCAAGCGCAUUUCCGAGCAGUUCUCGGCCAUGUUCAAACGCAAGGCUUUCCUGCACUGGUUCACCGGCGAGGGAAUGGACGAGAUGGAGUUCACCGAGGCCGAGAGCAACAUGAACGACCUGGUGUCGGAGUAUCAGCAGUACCAGGAGGCUACGGCCAACGACGGCGAGGAAGCGUUUGAGGAUGACGAGGAAGAGGUGAACGAGUGAACGGCUGGCGCAUUUUUUCUGUCGUUUUUUUAAGCUGUGAUUUUUACGUUUUGUAUGCGGAUGACUCAAGUCCCAGUAAACUAAUUGAGCUUGCAAUAAAUGCUUUUGAGGACCACA